AUGUCUAAUCACGUGGUAUUCCCCGUGGCAACGGGGUAGGCCCGCUACGAGAAGGGGCGGAGUCUGGAUGCUAGCAGGCUCUGAUUCCGAGUAAUCAUGUAACUGCUGCGCAGUUACAACUAAUCAUGGAGGCGAAAGGCUCAGGAACCCAGAAAUUUCCGGAGCUGAAAAAUGACACGUUCCUUAGAGCAGCCUGGGGAGAAGACACUGACUACACACCGGUUUGGUGCAUGCGGCAGGCUGGCCGCUAUUUACCAGAAUUUAGGGAGACUCGGGCUGCCCAGGACUUUUUCAGCACCUGUCGCUCCCCAGAGGCCUGUUGUGAGCUAACUCUGCAGCCACUGCGUCGAUUCCCUUUAGAUGCUGCUAUCAUCUUCUCUGACAUCCUUGUUGUUCCUCAGGCACUGGGCAUGGAAGUGACCAUGGUGCCUGGCAAAGGACCCAGCUUCCCAGAUCCAUUAAGAGAAGAGAGGGACUUAGAGCGCCUCCGGGACCCAACAUCAGUGACCUCUGAGCUGGACUAUGUGUUCCAGGCUAUCACCCUCACUCGACAACGGCUGGCUGGACGUGUGCCUCUGAUUGGCUUUGCUGGUGCCCCAUGGACUCUGAUGACAUACAUGGUUGAGGGCGGUGGCUCAAACACCAUGGCUCAGGCCAAGCGCUGGCUUUAUCAGAGGCCACAGGCUAGUCACCGGCUGCUUCGCAUCCUCACUGAUGCUCUGGUCCAUUAUCUGGUGGGACAAGUGGCUGCUGGUGCCCAGGCAUUGCAGCUCUUUGAGUCCCAUGCAGGACAUCUUGGCCCACAGCUCUUCAGUAAGUUUGCACUGCCCUAUGUCCGUGAUGUGGUCAAGCGAGUGAAGGCUAGGCUGCAGGAGGCAGGCCUGGCACCAGUGCCCAUGAUCAUCUUUGCUAAGGAUGGACAUUUUGCUCUGGAGGAGCUGGCUCAGGCUGGCUAUGAGGUGGUUGGACUUGACUGGACAGUGGCCCCAGCAAAAGCCCGGGAGCGUGUGGGGAAGACAGUGACUUUGCAGGGCAACCUGGACCCCUGUGCUCUGUAUGCAUCUGAGGAGGAGAUUGGGCAGCUGGUGCGGAAGAUGCUUGAUGACUUUGGGCCACAGCGCUACAUUGCCAACUUAGGCCAUGGACUUUAUCCUGACAUGGAUCCAGAGCAUGUGGGGGCCUUUGUGGAUGCUGUGCACAAACACUCACGGCUGCUUCGACAGAACUGAAACUUGUUUCCCCUCAACUACCACUACCACAGAUGACUGUUUCUAGGAAAAUAAAUGUUUCAGAGUUGGAAUGUA